AUGAUCAACAUGAUCUUGACACUCAUUUGGUUACUGACUCUGAACCGCUGGACGGUCAGGGCAGAUGCGAGCGGUCCGAGGAAAGGAAGUGGUAAUGUCAUCUUUAGUAUCAAAAACGCAUGGGCUACAUAUUACUACGACACUCAGACUGCAUUAGACGGCGAUCCUUGUGCUGCGUCUCAAGUUCCAGGAUGGUCAAACAAUAUUAACAACGGUACAACGUUGUGCGACUUUUACAUGUCACCAGAUGUGGCUCCAACAUUAAGACAAUUAGCAACCAAUAGGAUAGUUGCUAUGAAUAGGAAUCUACUCGCGACUAAUAUGUGGCUUUGUGGUAAGAAAGUACGAAUCACCAAACCGGACGGGACUGUAUUGGUAUGGAAAGAAGAUUUGAUUUUAUGGGAUGGAUGUCAAGCUGCCGAGACUAAUCCUAUAGUUGAUUUAUCCGGUGAAGUUUUCGCAGCUCUAUCAGGAGAACCAGAUUGUAAAUCAGGAAAUUACCCAGGUCUAAACCCUUCACCAGGUUUGAUAGUUGAAAUCAUUGACGAAUCAAUUUGGCAACCCGCAUGUGACGAUUCUUGGUCUCCGGACGCUACCGAUUAUUCUAAUACUGAUUGUUUACCUUAUCAAACAUUAGCUGCAGCUGCAGCUAGCGAAUCUACCAACCCUCCUGCUAUUGGUGGUGGUGGUGGUGGUGGUGGAGGUGGAGGUGGUGGUGGGGGGAAUGUUUCUUCUAGUCAAACUGCUCUUCCGGCUUCAAGUACACAACCACCACCACAAUCAUCAAGUUCAAUUUCAACUUCAAUCUCUUUACCCAGUAUCUCAUCCUCUCCUUCAAGUAAUUCAACGGAUGGAAGUUGUACAUUCGGUGAUAGGAUGUGUGAUGGGAAUAAUUAUCAAAUUUGUAGACAAGAUUAUAACGGUACCAGUUGGGUGGUUUUGGUGACAUGUGAAAGUUCAUGUCAAAUCACAGCUUCCGGAUCACUUAUAUGUUUAUGA